GCUCAAGGUCCAUCUGGUGGUAGUAAUGGUGGUGGGGAUCGAUCUACAGCAAGAGAACAUGAGUUAACAGGAAAAGAAGGUCAUCCUUCUUCUGGUGAAGGUGCUGCUGCUGGUGAAGCAGGUCCCGCUGGUGCUCAAGCUGACCAGGAAAUUCCGGGCACUCGAAGAGAACAAGAGGCUGCUGCACCUACUGAUUCUGCUAGUAGACCUGAGGCACCUCCAAGUGCACCUGACACUGGAAUCAGCAGCAACAAUGAAGGAAGUGGAAGUGAAACAUCACAACCUCCAUCUUCUCCUAAUGGUACAGCCACAGCGAGUGCUAGUGGUACUGAUGCCGUAUCGAAUGAGAACGAACGUACAUCUGAAGUGAGUGAGUCACCAAGUACCCAAGAAGGUGAUAUGGGUAAUACAGACACCAUCACCACCACAACAACAACACUUCCUCCUGAACUCACAAACAACAAGAAGGGUGAUGCAGACAGCAGCAGCAGUAUGAGCAGUUCUGUGUGGGUG